AUGUUAUCGAAGCUUAUUCUCCCGGCUCUUGCCAGCAUUCUGUUUCAGAAUACGGCAGUUCAAGCAGCUGGAGACAUCGACUAUCUCAUCACAUUUGGAGACUCAUACUCGCAAACAUGGUUCGACAUCAACGGCGAGAAACCUUCCUCCAAGAACCCCAUCGGCAACCCUCCCUUCCCAGGCUGGACAGCAUCCGGCGGACCCAACUGGGUCGGUAGCAUCGUCACCGAACAGAACAACUCACUCGUCCUGGCAUACAACUAUGCCUACGGAGGUGCCACUGUGGAUGCAAACAUCAUCAAGCCUUACCAGGAUACUGUCAAGAGUAUGGUUGAUCAAGUAAAGCAGUUCUCCGACUCAAUCGCCAGCAAGCCAAGCUAUGCACCAUGGAAUGCUCAGAAUGCCGUUGCAGGUGUUUGGAUCGGUGUCAAUGAUGUAGGAAACUCGUUUUAUCUCGGCAACAUGGCGGAUAUCACUGAGAGAGCGGUUUCGAGAUACUUUGAGUUACUCAAGGUUAUGUAUAACGCUGGACUGCGAAAGUUUGUUCUGUUGAGCGUUCCUCCAACUCAACUCACCCCAACCAUGAUCAAGCAAGGUCCCGAUUCCAAUGCUAUGUUGGUCAAGUCGAUCAACCUAUACAACAGCAAAAUCGCUUCCAAGCUGCAGGCAUUCAAGCAGGCUAAUUCAGGCAUCAAAGCUAUCGUUGUCGACACCUCUGUUUCAUUCAACAAGGCAAUCAAGAAUCCCACUGCUUACGGGGCACCGGAUGCUACAUGCUUUAACAACAAUGGAAAGUCAUGCUUGUGGUUCGAUGAUUACCACCCUGGCAUCGCGAUCAACAAGCUUGUCGCAGAACAAGUGGCGACUGCCCUUGAGAACAACGGUUUUGGGUGGUAA